GCGAAACUUGAACGAUCACCGAACAAUAAUGAAAGGCGACUUGUCUCAGCAUCUAGUCUUCGGUAUUCUUUCAUCUUGUGGCAUUGCAUGGGCAUUCGGGCAGUUGAGAUAUCUUUUGAUACCCUGGUCACCUACGCCGGGACCCAACAGAAUUAGAGCUCACUCGAAUCGAAACUAACUACCCGACUCGGAGUCGACCUUUUUACUGUACUAUUUUUCUGCGGCGGGCCCUCCACGUCGUGUUUUAGCAUACUUGGGUAAGUACGUUCAAACGUCCGGGUUCGCCGAGACAAACAUAUUUGACAGCACCAGUGUAUGUUAGCUCUACCAUUAUCUUUCACCUGGACCAAGCUUUGACGAUUGUUGCUGUCUUUCAAAGUUCGUUGCUGGGUCAUACCUCAGGAAAUCGCAUGACGGUCCAUUCCGUUGCAACUACCACACAUAAAACCGCACGUUUAUCGCUUCACCAUGGUACUCUUUCCUCGAUUCUGGCGCGGACUUCCCUAUCCGCCCGAGUACCUCGCUGAGGUCUACCGGGAAAUAGAUAUGGUGGAGGAUCCAAGUCUGUAUAAGGCCCAUGAUAUGCCUGUUACACUGCCCCAGGCAUUAUCUGCACCGACCCCCCGACAAAACCCACCAGCAUCUGUCGAUAAAUUCUACCGUCCUUCUGAACCGAUCCUGGUUCGUUCUCCUUUUGGUCUUGCAGCUAAGGGCGCAAAGGGUUACGAGGACAAGUUGGUCAAAGGCUUGAUCAAGCAGCAAUUUCAGGACAAGACGGACAUUGACUAUGACGUUAUCGACUUCGUACAGCAUGUGUGGAAGUUCAAGCCUGAAGACAUCCCAUAUUCUAGCUAUGAAUUGGACAGGGCGAAUUGUCAUUCAUAUGCUAAGCUAGAAUAUGAGCGUAUCGACGGAAUCUCUUACCAGGAGAUCACGGGAGAGCGGGCGUGCUGCAGUGCUUUCGAGAACAUCAUUCGCGGUGUCUGUCAUGAGCUCACUCCGGCCAUACCCUCCGAUGAACGGGAAUUUCCUCUCGUCUUCAGUUUCCUGCAUGACAGAACGCCAAAGGGUGACUAUGGGAAGUUCAAGCCUGACUUUGGAUAUGCACCGGCUGUGGAGGUGAACGAACAUACGUGGGCGCAUUGGGGAGCAUAUGGAGAAUUGAAGAAGAAGCGUGUGACGCCGAAUAUUGGACCAACUACUCGGAUCGUCGUCACCAAGACGAUGAUUGAAAGGCUUGUGAAGGAGUGGGAAUUGCGACAACGACCUGACAAGAGGAAGGACACGGAUUCAUCGUCUUCCGCGUCCACAUCAAAUCAUGCAACCCUGUCCCCUGCAGCUUCACCAACGACACAGUCGCGGAAGCGAAAGCGAAAGGCAAAGGCACCCGCUGAACCUCGUGUCUCGAAGCGAACGAAGACGUCACACGGAACCCGGAGGGUUGUAGAUCUGACAGGAAACGAGAUCCAGUCGGCGAAGUAUGCGAACGAGCUCUUGUCCCAUGGCAUCCGUAACUACGCCACCGGAUUCCUUGUGGAAGAGACGAGUAUGUCGUUGUGGUAUGUUGACCGGAUGGGACUAGUAAAGUCACGAUCAUUCGACAUAUUCCGCAACCCGCAACUGUUUCUCCUCGUCAUUGCUGCCCUACACUUCGCCAAUCGAGCUCAACUGGGGAUGAACCCACUGAUUGAGUUCCCUCCCGGCGUUUUCCAAAGCUACGACAGAGCUGUGUUGAGACUGCCUCGUGCUGUGGACCAUGCGAAGGAGCCAGUGGAGGAACUGACAUUCGGUUUGCGCAUCACGAAGGCGAAGCCUCUGGUCGUCGCGUACGGUGCUCUUGGACGUGGUACCACGAUCAUUCCUGUUAAGGCUCAAGGUCGGGCAAGGGAGCUGUUUGGGAGUGAGAAUUUGGUUGCGAAGAUGUCGUGGCAGCCUAUCAAUCGCGAGGAUACGGAGGAUCAGUUGAUUAGAGUGAUUCGACGGAAGUUGGGGAAACGCAAGAAGACACGUCGUUACUUGAAGCAUAUUGUCGACCUCAAAUGUUCGCUGGACUUGACAGAUGCGGAGUUGACCCUUCCUCGGGCGUCGAUGAUGUUACCUGAAGCAUAUGAGCCUCGCCUGUUCCGUGUGCUGAUCUUGAGGGAGUAUCUUCCUCUUGAAUAUGUACGGGGUCUGGAUGACUUUCAACGGAUUUUCAUUGAUGCCGUGAAAGCGCACCACAAGGUCUAUGAAAUCGCAGGUGUCCUCCAUUGCGACAUCAGUGCAGGGAAUGUCGUAUUCUACCGCGAUGACGUUGGUCAUGCGAUCGGCGUGCUGGCAGACUGGGACCUUGCGGCUUAUAAGCUGAACUCUGACGAUGUUGAGAAAUGGAUGCGGCUCGUGGAAGCCAAAGGUAUAGAACGGGCGUCUGAAAGUUCAACCCUUCAAGAAGACAAGGAUUCGGGUGCCGCCCCUCCUGACGGCGAUUCGUCUCCCUUGAACAAUCAUGGGAAGAGAGUGCCUCGGUACAGGACAGGGACGGGACCAUUUAUGGCAUUGGAUCUUCUCAAGUCCAUUCCCAUCUUUCAUGGAUAUCGCCAUGACCUGGAGUCUUUCUACUAUCUGCUGUGUUAUUUCUGCGCAACUUUCAACCCUCCCAAGCCUUCGGAAUCUAAAGGCACCUUCCGGUUUCUGGCUGGAUGGGAAAACGGAAACCUUUCCGCGGUUGCGAAUGCAAAGAUGGCUUUCCUGUUCGACGAGAAAGACGAUCCGGAAGACAAGCUGAAUACGUUCGAUUCGCUCUUCAAGGAUACUCAUGAAGUCUAUCGUCCGAUGGUGAUCAAUUGGAUACAGCCUCUCUCGAGUCUGUUCAUGACGGUACCCAAGGUUUGUACAGAUAUUGCAUUCACUAUCGCAUUAAUUAGGGCGGCGAGAAAGGCGGGCGAUGUGAGGAAGGAGAGACAGCUAACGAAGAAGUUGAAGAGGCGGUGUGAAGAGGCGGAUGAAUACUUCACUUAUGACAAAUUCAUGGAAGUGUUACUCUUAUGAGGCCGGAGGCGUAUUCUAUCCAACCUUUGUAUCAAUAUCUAUUUUCACAAGGACUGUAAAAUAUAUGAUCACCUUUUUCUUUGUCGUGUUAACUACAUAUCAAUAAGCGCCCUCAACAAGCAGAAGUUCUUUGUUCUCGACAGAGCGCUCAGCU